AUGGCGCAUUACGAAGAUCACAUUCUGACUAAGAAGGACUUUGUGCGCCAGCAACAACAUCAUCAGCACUUCGGACCACUGCCACCUUCGUCUUUGCCACUGCCAAUAACGUCCAGCGUUCCAGCCCUCCUCUUUGAGAUCACUCUCUUCCGCAGCAGUCGUGGUUUCGGUUUUUCUAUCCGCGGUGGUCACGAAUUCAACCAGAUGCCCCUCACCGUCCUACGUAUCGCUGAAGGCGGCUCCGCCUUCCUGGAUGGACGCCUGAGGGUGCGUGUUUUAUUGUGUCCAGUUUUUUUAUUUUCGCGUUUUUUGUUUAGUUUAUUCUGCCGUUUAAAUUAUUUUCAUUAUUUUCUCGGCAACACAGGGUGGUGGGCUCUAAGUUUGGCUAUUUAG